AUGUCUGUCUCCGACUACUGCCAGAAGAUCAAGACCCUCGCCGAUUCUCUCCGUGACGUUGGCUAUUCUGUCAGCGACCCAGCACUUGUCAUCAACACCCUGCGUGGCCUCAACCCCUGCUUCUCCAGCGCGGCCAUGCACAUCUCGCUGAUGGCGCCGCUCCCCACAUUCACCAACGUGUGCUCCAUGCUUCUCAUGCAGGCGAUGCGCCUGGAGAACGAGUCCCGCAUCGCCUUCACCACUGUACUCUUCGCCAACUAUCAACGCAGUGCGUCGGCCUCAUGUGGCCCUGGUCAGUGCCAAAAGUCUCCAUCAUCUUCCUCUACAGGUGGCUUAGGUGCCGGCAAGAAGGGGAAGAACAAGCGUGGCAAGGGCUCCUACGGUGGUGGCACUCCGCCGCGCCAACACACACCUCCGUCGUCCACAUCAGCACCAACUGGUUCGUGGGUGUGCUUCUCACCGGGCGUCGGGAUCCUUGGCACUCGUCCUCCUGGUGCUCAGGCGCUCACCAUGACCGCUCCGUCCAUGACGUCCUCCACUCCGUCUUCUACGGCCACAUGGGACUAG